CAAUGGUGAAGAUGAAUGUUUUGAAUGAUUGUUUACGUUCAAUCGUAAAUGCUGAAAGGUUUAAAAUGAAUCGAAUUAUGAUUUUAGAUAAGGAAGAAAGCAAGUAUUAAUCAGACCUACAUCAAAAUUGGUUGUGAAAUUCUUAUAAGUCAUGUAAAGACAUGGCUAUAUUGGAGAAUUUGAAAUCGUUGAUGAUCAUAGAAGUGGAAAAAUAGUAGUUGAAUUAUUAGGUAUUUGCAUAAACUAUAAAAAAAUAGGUCGUAUCAACAAAUGUGGAGUCAUCUCUCCUCGUUAUGAUGUUACUUUAGGAGAAUUCGAAAGAUGGGCAAAUAACAUUCUACCUGCUAGACAAUUUGGAUGUGUAGUAUUGACUACUAAUGUUGGUAUCCUCACCCAUGAAGAAGCAAGAUAAAGACAUAUAGGUGGUAAAAUCCUUGGGUUCUUUUAUUGAC